AUGUGGGGUCCCGGCGAAUCUAAACUCGGCGCCGGAUCCGCAAGCCGAACGCUUCGGAAACUCGGCACGAGACCCCAAGCCAGGCCAAAACCUCCACCAUUGCCAAGACUCGACCUGUCACGCCAAUCAAAUUUGCAAUCCGCAAAGGCUCUAGGUUUUCAUCGUACCUUUGUGCCCCGUUCUAUCACCAUGUCCGGAGCCAGAGCCGUCGUCAAGACGCUGGAUCAUCUCGUUCUUACCUGCGCCAGCGUCCCAAAGACAGUCCAAUGGUACACCAAGUACCUCGGGAUGAAGGCAGAAACAUUCACGUCGCCGUUAGAUCCAUCCGUCCAGAGGCACGCACUGAAGUUCGGCACGCACAAGAUCAAUCUGCAUCAGCAGGGCAAGGAGUUUGAGCCAAAAGCCAAGACGGCACUGCCAGGCACGGCCGACCUCUGUUUCUUGGUGGAGGAUGGCACCAAUCUUGAGGAACUGAUCAAGGGCUUCCAAGGGGACGGAGUUCAGGUUCUUGAGGGAGAGAAGGUGGUUGCGAGAACGGGAGCACAGGGUCCCAUCCAGAGCGUUUACGUGAGAGAUCCCGACGGAAACUUGAUUGAGCUUUCUCACUACAAAUCAUAA